CUGAACAAGUUGAGUCUGGAUUUACAUUGCCAUAGGGACUUCAGUGCAUUCUGAAUCUGCAUUAUAUAGCAGUGUGCGAUCGGCCCAAUGUUUUGGACUUCACCUCCCAGAAUUCCUGACCCUUGGGCGAGCUGGCUAGGGCCUCUGGGGGUUGGAGGCCACAAUUUUGGCCAGGCUUUGAAGCUACAAGGCCAUUUAGUGCUAAUCAAGCUGGCCAACUGCAAGAUUUACAGACAAAAGUUUAUUCUCUCACUCUGGACAUCACACACACACACACAAACACAUAUAUAGACCCCACUUACAGUAGUCUCACUUAUCCAACAUUUGCUUAUCCAACGUUUGGCUUUUAGUAGUCAAUUUUUUUGUAGUUAAUGUUUUCAAUACAUUGUGAUAUUUUGGUGUUAAAUUCGUAAAUACAGUAAUUGCUACAUAGCAUUACUGCGUAUUGAACUACUUUUUCCUGUCAAAUUUGUUUGUAUAACAUGAUGUUUUGGUGCUUAAUUUGUAAAAUCAUAACCUAAUUCGAUGUUUAUUUAUUUAUUCACAGCAUUUAUAUUCCGCUCUUCUUUCUCACCCCAAAGGGGACUCAGGGCGGAUCACAUUACACAUAUAGGCAAACAUUCAAUGCCUUGACAUAGAACAAAGACAAGACAAAUGCAGGCUCCGAGCUGGCCUCGAACUCAUGACCUCUUGGUCAGAGUGAUUCGUCUCAGCUGGCUGCCGUUUAAUAGGCUUUUCCUUAAUCCCUCCUUAUUAUCCAACAUAUUCGCUUAUCCAACGUUCUGCCGGCCCGUUUAUGUUGGAUAAGUGAGACACUACUGUACCUAGUUUCUAACAUAUCUCACAACCUCUGAGCAUGCAUUGCAUAGAGGUGGGCGAAAUGUCAGGAGAGAAUGCCUCUGCAACAUGGCCAGGCAGCCCAAAACACUCACAGCAACACAUAGAAGCUUUAUUUUUGCAGAAACAAAACCCACAGUGGGUCUCUAUGAUGCCAGCAACCUAGUCUCCGAUCUAAUUUUUUGCAGGAUGGGAACAAAGCUCACGCGGAACCUUUAUGUUGGAAGUGGAGUUUCCGGUGGGGAUGAUUAAGAAGUCACACCUCACUAUAAAAAAGGCUUGCUCGGCGAUGAGGUGACGACAGCGGAAGAGGGGUGGCUAAGGCCGGAAGCGGGCGGUGCGGCCUGGGCGAAACAUCAUGGCGCUCAACGCGGCGGGCAACGACGACGCGGAGUGGGAGCCGCCGUCGGAGGCGGAGCUGAAGGUGAUCCAGGCCCGGCGGGAGCGGCAGGACAAGAUCAGCAAGCUGAUGGGAGACUACCUGCUGAAGGGCUACCGCAUGCUUGGAGAUUGCUGCGAGGAGUGCGGGACCAUUUUGCUGCAAGACAAACAGAAGAAGCUCUACUGUGUUGCCUGCCAGGAACUCAACUCCGACGUCGACAAGGACAAUCCGGCCCUGAAUGCCCAGGCCGCCUUGUCCCAGGUGCGGGAGCGCCAGUUGGCCACCAACGCCGAGGACAACAAUGCUUCCCCCGCCGCCGCAUACCUGUCCGCCCUGCCCUUGGCCCCCGUGCGCCACGUCCCGCGCCCGGAGCAUUGCGAGGGGGCGGCUGCGGGACUCCGGGCCUCGGCCCCUGCUCCGGUGCUGCCCCUGGGCCCCGCGAUGGCGGCCCCAUGUCCAGCAGCCCCGCUCAGCGGCACCCUGACCCUGGCAGAGGAGGCCAUCCUGCAGAAGAUUGGCUGGGCGGGCCAGGAGCUGCGGCACAGUGCCUCCGUGGAGGCCAGCAUCCAGCUCUGCACCCUCAUCCGUUCCUGCACAGAAUCUCUCAAGAGCCUCAAGGAGCUGCAACAGUGAGCGGCCGGCCCCCAUCGCUCUGACCUUUCAAACAAGACUCUGCUCUUCCUUCCCAUUAAAAUGUGUGCUUGUUGUUUCA